AUGCAAAAUAUAGAGACCACGAAGUCUGGUGAUUCUGUUUCGUCAUUUAAUAGUGAAAAUGGCGAUGAGACAACAACAACCCCAGAAGUCACCAGUAAACGAAACAAACUCAUCAUCAUGGUGCUAUUGAGUGUAACGUAUUUCCUUCUAGCAUCAGUCUACGCUCUUCUUGCACCAUUUUUUCCUCAAGAGGCCAAAAAUAGGAAUGUUAAACAUUUCGAAAUCGGUCUUAUAUUUGCGAUUUAUCCAUUUUUCAUUUUUCUCAUCUCUCCAAUAUGUGGCAUUAUGAUGCCUCGUAUUGGUGUUGUAUUUACGUUAUGGGCUGGUUUAUUCUUCGAAGCGGGUUGCAGCAUUCUUUUCGGGUUUUUACCUAAUAUUUUGGAUCACCAAACAUUCGUAGCAUUUUGCUUACUUAUACGGGGUAUGCAAGGUAUUGGUGCUGCAUGUUCUCAGACCGCAGCUUUAGCUAUGAUGUCAUCGAUUUUCCCUGAUAAUGUUGCAACAACUACCAGCACAUUAGAAAUCUUUGGUGCAUUGGGAUUCAUGACAGGGCCUCCCAUUGGUGGCUUAUUGUUUCAGGCCGGCGGUUUUAAGCUACCAUUUAUUGUUUUAGGAUCGACGUUGUUGGUGAUUGGAUGUGUUGUCAUUUACUUUAUUCCACGAAUUUCACAUGCAGCUAGUGCACCUCCAGUAACGCUAAUGAAGCAGUUAUUGAUCCGUCCAAGAGUUAUUAUUAUGUGUAUAGGAAUAAUUUUACAAAUGCUUCUAUUUGGUUUUCUUGAUCCAACACUUUCACUUCACUUAAAGCCGCUAAAUUUAACACCACCUGAACUUGGAGCCGUAUUUCUCGCGCUGGGCGCUGGCUAUGGGAUUUUCUCUCCAAUAUUCGGAUGGUUAUCAGAUCGCUUUGGAUACCGACCUUUCAUUAUUGGUGGCAAUUUUGCAAUGGGAGUAGCAUUGAUGUUUCUUGGACCCGCUCCUUUCUUUAAAAUUCCGCUUAAUCAAUCCCCUGGAGUUGAUGAAACAGAAAAAGAUUUCGUAUUAUAUGCAGUAGUUUCUGGUCUAUUUUCAUCUGCUUCUUCACUCGGUCAAGUAUUAGGUCCUAUUGUGGGGGGAACUUUCACGUCAACAUCAGAUGCACUGUUUCGGAAGACUUCUGCGGGGAUAGGCUUUGCCGUCGCUGCUGAAGGUUUAAUAGUAAUUCUGUUAACUCUUUGGGAAAAACUAUAUAAAAAGAAGACUGAACGGAUUCUUAGAACUAACCCAAUGAAACUUUUACAAGUUCGUGUCAUCAUUGAAGAUUUAUAUGAUUUACCAUUAUAG